CACAUGUCCGCCCCGUGCCGACUCGCACCGACGACGCUCGCACAUCGCCGUUUCCUCGCCCCCAACACCGCGCGAACGACCAGGGUCAUGGCGACCGCGAGCAAGAGCGUCAGCAGCUACCUCCCCGCGGACACGUACAACUCGCUUCCGAAGGACGGCGAUCUCACGUUUCUGCACACGAUGCUCCGCGUGAACGACCUGGACGCGACGAUGGCGUUCUUCUCCGCGCUGGGGUUGAUGGAGACGCGGAGGAAGGAGAGUGAGAAGGGGAAGUUCACGCUCGUGUUCAUGGCGUCCGCUCCGGGCGCGCCCGAGAUCGAGCUGACGUACAACUGGGGCGGCGAGGAGUUCGCCCCGCCGUCGAGGAGCAUGGGUCACCUCGCGUUCGCGACGGACGACAUCUACGGGUUGUGCGAGAAGCUGCGAGCCGCGGGCCACGUGAUCCACAGGCCACCGCGCGACGGGAAGAUGGCGUUCGUGAAGUCCCCGGACGGGAUCUCCGUGGAGCUUCUGCAGAAAGGGGUGCCGUUAGAGCCCGCGGAGCCGUGGAGCUCGAUGGAGAACACCGGCGAGUGGUAGAGCGCGCGUAGUCAACGACCGUAGCCGUGUAAGAUGAUGAGUGCGAGUGCACCGA